AGAGAGAGAAUGGUACACCUCAGCGCGGAUGCGAGUGAGAUAUUUAUCAACACUCAUUUUAUACUCUCAUAACUUUAGCUGAACUGCUCGUAUUUCUUUCUGGAUUUUAUGUGCAAAAUUCUGCGCAUUUUUGCAUUGGCUUCUUUCUCCAAAUGGCUUGGAUUAUUCCUCCGCUGUUGCAACGCCAAGGGACUGGUACUGGCGCUGUUGUUUUGCUCUCUGCUUUGAUCGCGGUGAUUGUGACAGAGGACUCCGCUGCGCAGGUUUUCGACAGUUAUGGAUUAUCAUACGCAUUGAGAUCGGAACUGUCAGAGGAUGCUAUAUUGGUGGCCAACAAUGGAAUACGCGUGCCUUUCGGGAGAGCAGUGUUCAUUGAUCCUAUCAAUGAUCUGGUAAUUCAAGUACAACCGGGAGACAGAUGUAGUAUAACGGUUCUGGAUAACGACCCGCUCUCCCAGAGGCCAGGGCAGCUCUCUCCCAAAAAGUUUCCCUGUGAAUUUGGUCCCAAUGACGUAAAGUAUUCUCACUUCGGGGCCAGGAGCCCCCCGCUGGAUAGGGUGAGGCUACAGCUCAGAUAUGACACUCAUACCGACACCAUAAUCAUCCCGUUUAUGAUGGAAGUGGAGGUGAUUUUCACACAGUUGGAAGUGUUAACCAGAAACAUGCCUCUGACUGUUGACAAACUGCUUGGCACUAGUAACCCCAUUGACAGUAAGAUUCUGGAGUUCACCUAUGAUAGAAGUGAACAUCAGUGUAAAAUAACGUCUCUCUCCAGUGGCAGUGCAUUACCCAGGUAUGGGAAACUUGUAGAUGAGGGAAAACUUGGAAAAAUGGUGGACUGUGACAAAUUUAUUAAAAUGAAUACCCGCUAUCAGCACACUUUUGCACACAAAUCACCCAAUAGAGAUUAUUUCCCAAUGAUUGUGGAAUUACAAGAUAAAGAGGGUAAUCUGCUGAAGCAGGAGUUUUUCCAGGUGAUGGUGCGUAUAAAGGAUGGAGAGGAGAACACGGCUCCUAAACCCAGCUUCGUGGCCAUGAUGAUGAUGGAGGUGGAUCAGUUUGUCAUGACAGCCAUCACCCCUGACAUGCUGGCUGCUGAGGACAUUGAGUCUAACCCUGACAACCUUAUCUUCAACAUCACCUCCCCCCUCUCCUUCGAGGAGGGGUACAUAGUCAGUACAGAUGACCGGAACCUGCCCAUCACCUCUUUCUACCAGGGAGACCUCAAAGAACUAAAGAUAGCCUACAAGCCUCCGUCUGUGGACUCUGAGACAGAACGUAUCUUCCAGAUAGAGUUUGAGGUGGUGGACACUGAGGGGGCUGUGUCUGAUCCGUUCGCCUUCAUGAUUGUAGUGAAACCUAUGAACACGCUUGCUCCAGUAGUCACCAGGAAUACGGGUCAGCUUCUCUACGAGGGUCAGUCCAGACCACUGUCCAGCUCUCACAACCUAGAGGUCAGUGACGAGGACAACCUGGAUGAUGUCAAGAUCACGGUGGUCGACGGGCUGCGGCAUGGCCAGCUGACAGUGCUCGGGUCACGCAGGAAGUUCUUCGCCCCGGCUGAUCUGGACGGGGGCGUGGUCAUCUACCAGCACGACGGCAGCGACACGUACAGCGACAACAUUAUCUUCCGGAUGACGGAUGGGAAGCACGAGGUGGAGUUCCUGUUUCCCCUGACAAUCGUUCCCACGGAUGAUGAGCCGCCCAUUAUCAAUGCUAACACGGGGUUAAUCCUCUUCAAGAACCAGAUGAUGCUCAUUUCGCCACUCACACUCAGUGCUGCAGACAUCGACUCUGAGGACUCCACUAUCAGGUUCACCAUAGAGGCACCGUUCUCGCCUAUAGGGGAGGUGCUGCUGAGGCAGUCAGAGGCCCCAGAGGACCCCUCCACCUGGAAAUUCAACGCUGAGGAUGAGCUGUAUGAGAAAGAGGUUACAGAGUGGCUACAGCAGGAUAUCACAGAUGGGAAACUGUUCUACAGACACACAGGGCCUCACAGCACUGACACAGUCAUGGAUCAGUUUGUAUUCCGGGUCCAGGAUGAUAAUGACCCCCCUAACCAAUCAGAACAGAGCUCGUUCAUCAUCAAGAUUCUGCCUGUGGAUGACAUCCCCCCUGAGCUGUAUCCUGGUACCACCCUCCAGAUGACCGUACACGAGUACCAGCUCACCUACUUCCGGAAGAAGUUUCUCCGCUACACUGACCUGGACUCAGAGGACAGAGAUCUGAAGUACACCGUCACCCAGCCCCCGACAGACACAGAUGAGAACAGCCCUGUGGUACUGGGCACUAUUGUGUUAACAGAGAGUCCAGACACUGUAGUGACUGAGUUUACUCAGGCUCAGGUCAACCACCAUAAGAUAUCAUACAACCCACCUGACCUGGAGCUGGGGAUCACAGCCCACGUUCUGCAGGUCCAGUACACGGUGGAGGAUACGUCAGGGAACACUGUCACCGGGACGUUCUCUAUAUUCCUGCAGCCUGUCGACAACAAGCCGCCUCAGAUAACCAACACUGGCUUCACUAUAUUCGAGCGGGGAACGCACAUAAUCACCAGAGCUGAGCUGCAUACUGUGGACUUAGACACGGACAGUAGCCAGAUCUCCUUCACUCUAACUCAGCCCCCUCAGCACGGCACGGUCCAGUACACCUUCACUGACCUGACCAAAGGAGAUGCGUUCAACCUGUUGGACAUCGCUAACGACAGGAUCUCCUACAUCCACAACGGAGACGAGUCCACCAGCGACUUCUUCCAGCUGGAUGUCAGUGACGGCGUCCAUGUUGUGACCAUCACCAUCAGGGUUACCGUGAAGCCCAUUGAUGACGAGACCCCGACCAUCAGCCUGCCGGCUGGAACCAUCGGCUCCUACAUCGACGUCCUAGAGAACGGAGCCACUGAGAUCACGACUAAAGUCAUCCAGGGGCGGGACGAGGACACGGACGACCUCCGUUUGACCUUCAUCUUGGAAGACCCACCGGUUUUCGGGGAGAUUCUGGUGAACGGGGUCCAAUCAGGAAGCUUCACCCAGGCUGACGUCAUCAACGGACUGGUGGUGUACGCCCACACCAGUGGAGAGAUCGGCCUCAACACUAAAUACGACUACUUUAAUCUGACGCUGACAGACAUGUCUGAUGAGUGGACGGUAGGGGGCAACAGGGUCACGGGGGUCAGGGUUCAGAUCACCAUCCUCCCCAUGGACAGCCAGGCUCCAGAGGUGUUUGUAGGCCCACAGUUCACUGUCGUAGAGGGAGAGAAGAAUGUGAUAGAGAUUUUUCACAUUAGCGCUGAUGAUAUUGACACUCCUAAUGAUGACCUACUUUGUACCAUCAUCGUCCAGCCCACGUCAGGCUACGUGGAGAACAUCUCCCCGGCCCCAGGCUCAGAGAAGUCCAGGUCUGGGACUGCGAUCAGUGCAUUCACCAUCAAGGACAUCAGACAAAACCACAUCUACUACGUCCAAAGCAUCCAUAAAAGAGUGGAGCCGGUAGAGGACAGGUUCACGUUCAGAUGCUCUGACGGCAUUAACUUCUCCGAGAGACAUUUCUUCCCCAUCGCUAUCAUCCCGUCCAACGAUGAGAAGCCAGAGAUCUAUAUGAGGGAGUUUGUCGUCAUGGAAGGGAUGAAUAUUGUCAUCGAUACGCCCAUCCUGAACGGAGCCGACGUGGACAUCCCCUCGGACGAACUCACUUUCAUCAUCACCAAACCACCAAAGCACGGCUUCAUCCUCAACCAGCUGACAACCGGCACCGUCACAGUCACCAACUUCACCCUGGACCAGAUCAGGGAAGCCUCCAGUAUAGUGUAUGAACACGAUGACUCUGAGACCAAGGAGGACAGCUUUGACUUAAUCCUGACGGACGGUAAAUAUACCGUGGAGAAGACCAUCAUUGUUAUGAUCAUCCCUGUAGAUGACGAGACACCCAGGAUGGCCAUCAACGACGGUCUGGAAAUAGAGAUAGGAGACGUUAAAGUGAUCGAUAACAAUGUUUUAAAAGCCACUGACCUGGACUCUGAGGAUAGUACUCUGACGUACGUUGUUCGCUACGGGCCGGGCCAGGGGUUGUUACAGAGGAGAACCCCUUACGGGACGUUAGAGAACAUCACAGUGGGGAUGAACUUCACCCAGUACCAGGUGGACCAGGCUCUCAUCGUCUAUAUCCACAACGGGCAGGAAGGAAUCCGGGACCUUAUCAAGUUUGACGUGACGGACGGGAUCAACCCUCUGAUCGACAGGUACUUCUACGUGACGGUGGGCGGCAUCGACGUGGUGUUCCCUGACGUGGUCAGUAAGGGGGUCUCUCUGAAAGAAGGAGGUAGAGUAACGUUGACCACAGACCUGCUCAGCACCAGCGACCUCAACAGUCCCGACGAACACCUGGUGUUCACCAUCACCAGAGCCCCACAGAGAGGCCAUCUGGAGUGUACUGACGGCCCUGGAAUGCCCAUCUCCUCCUUUACCCAGCUCCAGCUAGCUGGGAGCAAGGUGUACUACAUCCACACGGCCGAUGAUGAGGUGAAGAUGGACAGCUUUGAGUUCGAGGUCACCGACGGUUACAACCCUGUGUUCCGCACGUUCCGUGUCUCCAUCACCGACGUGGACAACAAGAAACCGGUUCUAACGGUUCACAGCCUGGUGGUUAACGAGGGAGAGAACAAACUCAUCACACCCUUCGAGCUGACCGCAGAGGACCGCGACACGGCUGACCCCCUCCUGAAGUUCACAGUCACCCAGGUCCCUGUCCACGGUCGCCUCCUCUUCAACAACACCCGCCCCGUCACCUCCUUCACCAAACAGGACCUGAACGAGAACCUCAUCAGCUACAAACACGACGGUACUGAGUCCUCCAAGGAUUCCUUCUCCUUUACCGUGACCGACGGGACGCACACCGACUUCUACGUGUUCCCAGACACCGUGUUCGAGACGCGGCGCCCCCAGAUGAUGAAGAUCACGGUCCUGUCGGUGGAUAACGGGGUGCCCCAGAUCGUGGUGAAUAAAGGGGGGCCCACCCUGAGGGUGUUAGAGACGGGUCACCUGGGGUUCCUCAUCACCUCUAAGACUCUUAAGGCCGAGGACAGGGAUAGUCUUCAACUAUCUGUCACCUUUAAGAUCACCGUGGGACCAGAACAUGGAUACCUCAUCAACCUGGGUACAGGCAACGCUACCGUCACCACAUUCACUCAAGCUGAAGUUGAUGACAUGAAGAUUUGCUACGUGCUAAGAGAUGGUCACAAUGCUACGAGCGACAUCUUCUUUUUCUCCAUUGAGGACAAUGGAGGCAACAGGCUGAAGAACCAGGUGUUCAGGCUGAACUGGGCCUGGGUCUCCCUGGAGAAGGAGUACUAUGUGUUGGACGAGGAGGCCAAGUACCUGGAGGUGGUCCUCAAACGACGAGGAUACCUUGGAGAGACAUCCUUCGUCAGCAUCAGCACCAGAGAUGGUACGGCGGAGAAGGAUCAGGACUUCCGUGGUAAAGCCCAGAAGCAGGUCCAGUUUAACCCAGGUCAGACCACGGCCACAUGGAGGGUGAGGAUCCUGCAGGAUGGAGUGUACGAGCAGUCUGAGACCUUCCAGAUUGUUCUGUCAGAACCUGUCAUGGCUGCCCUGGAGUUCCCUGACACAGCCACUGUGGAGAUCCUCGACCCAGCUGAUGAGUCGACAGUGUUUAUCCAGUCUGCAGUCUACUCUAUAGAGGAGGACAUCGGGGAGCUGCUGAUCCCAGUGCGCAGGAGUGGUGACGUCACACAGGAACUCAUGGUCAUCUGCUACACACAGCAAGCCACAGCUACAGGGACCAUCCCCUCUACAGUCCUGUCCUACUCUGACUACAUAUCCAGACCUGAGGAACACAACAGUGUCCUGCGCUUCGAUAAGGGCGAGACGGAGAGUUCCUGUCGUGUGGUGAUCAUAGAUGACUCUCUGUAUGAAGAGGAGGAGAGCUUCAACGUUACCCUCAGUAUGCCCAUGGGAGGCCGGCUGAGACAGGAGUACCACACCGCCAGGGUCACCAUCAUACCUGACCUGGACGACGCUCCAGUAUUCUACUUCGGAGGCACAGACUACCAUGUGGAUGAGAGUGAUGGUUAUGUGGAGGUCAAGGUGUAUAGGACAGGCACUGACCUCUCUAAAACAGCCACGGUCACUGUACGCUCCAGGAAAACAGACCCUGUCUCUGCUGAAGCCGGUGUGGACUACGUCGGUAUCAGCAGGAACCUGGACUUCGCCCCGGGGGUCAGCCAGCAGACAUUCAGGGUUACCAUCCUGGAUGACCUGGGUCAGCCGGUGCUGGAGGGGACCGAGACAUUCGAGCUGAUCCUCCGCAUGCCCAUGAACGGCAUCCUGGGAGAACCGGGGAAGGCCACCAUCUUCAUCAACGACUCCGUCUCUGACCUGCCCAAGGUGCAGUUCCAUGAUGCCAUGUACAUGGGGCAUGAGAACUCCGGUCAGAUCUCAGUCGUGGUGUAUCGUAGUGGAGACAUCAGUUACAGGUCAACGGUCCGCUGUUACACCAGACAGGGCACCGCUCAGGUCAUGAUGGACUUCAACGAACGACCCAACACAGACGCUUCCAUCAUCACCUUCCUACCAGGGGAGGUGGAGAAGCCGUGUGUUCUGUCCUUGGUUGAUGACACGGAGCAUGAGGAGGAGGAGGAGCUGAGGCUGGUGUUGGGGUCGCCCCGCAGUGAGUCUCCGUUCGGAGCGUCCAUCGGGAAACAGAAUGAGACUCUGGUCAAGAUCAAGGACGAGGCAGAUAAGGCCAUCAUCAAGUUUGGGGAGACUAAGUUCAGCGUGAGUGAGCCUAGCGGGGCAGGCCAGGUGUCCAUGGUGAAGAUCCCAGUGCUGAGGGUAGGAGACACCUCCAAGGUGUCUGUGGUCCGCGUCCACACCAAGGACGGAUCAGCCACCUCCGGAGAGGACUACCAUCCUGUAUCUGAAGACAUUGAGUUCAAGGAGGGUGACACGGAGCACUACAUCGAGGUGGAGAUCUUGUAUGAUGGAGUCAGAGAGAUGAGAGAAGCCUUCACUGUCCACCUGAAACCUGAUGAGAACAUGGUGGCUGAGACGCAGAUGAGUAAGGCCAUUAUCUACAUAGAGGAGACCAACAGCAUGGCGGACGUCACCUUCCCCUCCGUCCCCCAGGUGUUCUCCUUACUGCAGUAUGACGACACCUCCAGGGCCAGAAAUACCCCCUUGGUGGCAGGCUACCCCGUCGUCUGUGUCACGGCUUGUAACCCUAAGUACCCUGACUACGACAAGACUGGCUCCAUCUGCAUCAGCGAGCACAUCAAUGACACGCUGACACGCUAUCGAUGGUUGGUCAGCGCUCCAACCAGCCUGGACGGGGUCACCAGCUCCAUGAGAGAGGUGGACUUUGAUACCUUCUUCUCCUCCUCCAAGAUCAUCACCUUGGACUCUGUCUAUUUCCAGGCUGGCUCUAGGGUGCAGUGUGCAGGCCGGGCUGUGAACUCUAACGGAGACGAGGGCCUGGAACUCAGCAGCUCCAUAGUCUCCAUCAGUAUAGAGAAUGGUAUGUGCCAGCCUCGUGUGGUGGGUACAGUGGGCGCUGAGCCCUUCUCUGCCAAGCUACGCUACACCGGAGCAGAGGACCCAGACCACCCCAACCUCAUCAAGAUCACUGUCACCAUGCCACACAUAGACGGCAUGCUCCCUGUGGUCUCCACCCGUCCUCUGUCUAACUUUGAGCUGACGUUGAGUCCUGAUGGUACUCGUGUGGGGAACCACCGCUGUUCUAACCUGCUGGACUUCACCGAGGUCAAGACCCGCCACGGCUUCAUUACAGACGCCACCAAGAACCCUGAGGUGAUCGGGGAGACCUCUCCCUACCAGUACAGCGCCCCCCUAAGGGGAUCCAGCAUACUGCGCUUCUACAGGAACCUCAACCUAGAGGCUUGUCUAUGGGAGUUCACUAGUUACUAUGACAUGUCUGAGCUACUGUCAGACUGUGGAGGGACCAUCGGUACAGACGGACAGGUGUUGAACCUGGUCCAGUCCUAUGUGACCCUCCGGGUGCCCCUCCAUGUCUCCUAUGUGUUCCACUCCCCGGUGGGGGCAGGGGGCUGGCAGCAUUUUGACCUGCAGUCUGAGCUACGACUCACCUUCGUAUACGACACUGCCAUCUUGUGGCGGGACGGCAUCGGUAGCCCUCCUGAGGCUGAGCUACAAGGAGCCCUGUACCCCACCAGUAUGCGUAUCAACGAACAGGGUCGUCUAGUGGUCAACUUCAGAACAGAGGCUCGAUUCAGAGGACUGUUUGUCAUAUCACACUCUGCGUCCUCUCUGUCGUCCAUGGUGAUGUGUGCGGACCACCCUGGGGUGACCUUUAACCUCAGCCUGGUGAGGAGCGAGCCCACCUACAACCAGCCCAUGCAGCAGUGGACCUUUACAUCAGACUUCGCUGUGCGUGACUACUCUGGUACCUACACAGUGAAGCUGCUGCCCUGUACCUCUCCCCCCAGUCUUGAGUACUCCCUGCCUCCUGUCUGUAACCCCAGAGAACCUGUCACCUUCGACCUGGACAUACGCUUCCAGCAGGUGAGUGACCCGGUUGCGGCUGAGUUCAGUCUGAACACUCAGAUGUUGCUGCUGUCUAAAAGAUCUCUGUGGCUGUCUGAUGGAUCCAUGGGCUUCGGACAGGAGAGCGACACCGCCUUCUCACAAGGGGAUAUGAUCUAUGGCAGAGUGAUGGUGGAUCCAGUCCAGAACCUGGGAGAUUCCUUUAUCUGUAACAUAGAGAAGGUGUUCCUGUGCACCGGUGCGGAUGGAUACGUGCCCAAGUACAACCCCAACAACAAUGAGUAUGGCUGUCUGGCUGAUGCUCCCUCGCUGCUCUACAGAUUCAAGAUCAUCGAUAAGGCCCAGCCAGAGACCCAGGCCAGGUCGUUUGGUAACGUGGGGUUCAGGGCUCUGCUGGCUGUAGACGACCCUCAGGCCCUGGCCCUGGUCAGACAGCCUGGAUCUGACGGCUUCAGCAUGGACUCUACAGCACUGUUCCAGGUGUCAGCAGGGAGAGAGUGGUUCAUCCACACCAUCUACACUGUCCGCUCCAGAGAGAAUGCCAACAGGGGCAUCGGGAAGAGAAGUCUGGAGUACCACACACUCAUCCAGCACAGCAGUAUGUCUGCAGGAGGCCACUCCCUGACCCAACACAGCAGCAUGGACAGAGAAACCCAGCGUCAAACUAUGGCUGCAGGAGGACCGUCCCAGUCCCAGUCUCGCUCCAGGCGGUCAGCAAACGGGGUGCCAGACCUAACAGAGGACAUCGGCCUGGACAACAACCGUGGCACCAAUAUUCUCCAUAUCUCCCUGGACCUUAGCCGCCAGCGCCGCACCAGCCCUGACCGGGAGGUCCUCACUCGGGGUGUGGUGCCCAGGGAGCUGAACCAUCCUGUGGAGAGCGAGGAUGGCCUGGUCUUGAUCAUAGGGAUCCUGGUGGGCCUCCUCCUCACCAUCCUCAUCAUCAUCGUCAUAGUGCUAACCGUACGGUCCAGACAGGAAAAGAAGAAGAUGGAGGUUCCCACGGCAACGUCAUGCUCCACUGAGCCCAUGAUAACAUCAGGGUUCACUAGCGGUGGCUUGGACAGCUCAGAGGUCUGAUAGACAGACAGACUUCCUUCGACACGACCACUGAGACAAACAGACUGACUGACAGACAGACAUUCACCACAUAAAAAUAAACGCUGACAGAUAUAUUUUUAUGUGCCUAUUUGUUUUGUUUUUUACAUUGGGACAUAAAGAGAGGGAUGGGACAACUGAAACAACACAAUCAACAAUGAGAGUUUAGUUCUGUACAAAAACCUACUUGAAAUCUUGCAGCUCUUCUGCUCUGCUGUAGGGGAGACCAUAGAGGUAGAACAAUCUAUAUGGGGAGACUGCCCCAACUAGGGAAGUACCUGUAACCUGUUCUGUUUAAGGCACUUGCCCACGUUUAUUAUUGCUUUGUUUUAUGAUGUCACACUUGAUCCCAAAAACGUUUAUGAUUUGUCCAAAGGUGCUAAAGCAGCAGAUGCCUCUGUUCUGUCAGAUGGAUGGUGGUCCAGUGAGUUGGUAAAAGACCAUGUAGCAGAGCUAUUCAGCUCCAGGCCUGUAGGGCAGCAACACUGAUGGUUGUCUUUUCUACCUUGUAGUUCAUUGAUUGACUGAUUGAUUGAUUAAUGUUACUGAUUGGCUAGAGAGGCCCACAAUGUAAUCAGUUCCUGAUUAGAAGGAAAGAAUGAAAGCCAGAAGUGUUUCUACCUUCCAGGCCCAGAGUCGAAUACCGGUAUUCCUGGUAUUCAGUAUUCAGUAUGAACGCAAAAUUGGCAUAGAACUGUCAUAGUUGUUAACGUGUGUUUGUUAUCCCGUGUCAAGCCACUGUCAAUAGUCUGCUAACACUGGGAAUAUGUCCUACUGUAAUGUCCUACUGUAAUGUCCUAUUGUAGCUCUCUGUCAGUCCUGGGUUCAAACACUAUUUGAAAUCUUUCAAAUAUAUUUGCUUUAGCCUGCCUGGAGUGCCCAGUGGGACAUUUAUAUUGGUUCCAUUACAACAGGCAAGCUCAAUUCAUCACAGCUUAAGUAUUUUACAUGAUUUAAAAUAGUAUUUGAACCCAGGUCUGCUCUUUGUACUGAAGUAUGGAGACUGAUUCAUGUUGAAGUUCAACAGGUGCCUAAGAAUCCACUGGAUGUUAUACUGUAACAUGCAUCCCAAAUGGUACCCUAUUCCCUAUUUUUGCACUGUAAGUAGUGCACUAUUUAGGGAAUAGGGUGUAAUUUGGGACAAGUGCUUAGAUUGUUUCCAUCACAUGGUUAUUCUAUGUGAUGUAUAGGACCCCUACAGUAGGUGCUAAAGAAACACGUUCUAUUUGUUUUGUAUGUAUUAAUGGUUCUGUCAUUUGUGCCUGCCUUUGGUUUUAUAAUUGUUUAAACUUGUAUAAUACUAUGUAAAGCAGGUUUGGGUGAAAUUGUGGGGGAAAAUGUGUCAAAUCUACAGUAGGUAAUUCAGACUUUUUCUAUCCAGAGUUCCAAGUUUAUCACACAUUGUUUUUCGGAUAUUUGUUCUCUCAAUAGUCUCAAUUGUUCUCUCAAUAGUCUCAAAAUCAUGGUUGUAAUGACUUUCUAUGGGGCCAUCCCAAAUGGCAUCCUAUUCCCUAUUUAGUGCACUACUUUUGUUCAGUGUCCAUAAGGAAUUAGGGUGCCAUAUAGGGAAUACGGUGCCAUUUUGGACACAAACUAUAUCAGUGUGGUCCUGUAUUUGAAUACAUACAGUACAGCACUGAAUUUAAUGAUCUAAUGAGAAAAGGUACUGUAUACCCUGUAGGGAAGAGUGGGGUAAAUUGACCCAUUUUGUUUACAUUCAGCAUCACUCCAUCAAGGAAAAUAUAGUAUUCUUUCUAACAAAGAUAUCUAUACUGAACAAAAAUAUAAAAACACAACAUGCAACAAUUUCAACGAUUUCAACGAGUUACAGUUCAUACAAGGAAAUCAAUCAAUUGAAAUGAAUUCAUUAGGCCCUAAUCUAUGGAUUUUCAACACUGGACAGGGCAGCGCAGCCAUGGGUGGGCCUGGGAGGGCAUAAUUCCACCAAUUUGGGGUCCAGGCCCACCCACUGGGGAGCCAGGCUCAGCCAAUCGGAAUGAGUUUUUCCCCACAAAAGGGCUUUAUUACAGACAAAAGUACUCCUCAUUUUCAUUACCUGUCCAGGUGGCUGGUCUCAGACAAUCCCGCAGGUGAAGAAGCCAGAUGUGGAGGUCCUAGGCUGGCGUGGUAACACAUGGUCUGCUGUUGUGAGGUUGGUUGGACAUCCUGCCAAAUUCUCUAAAACGACAUUGGAGGCGGUUUAUGGUAGAGAAAUUAACAUUCAAUUCUCUAGCAACAGCUCUGGUGGACAUUCCUGCAGUCAGCAUGCCAAUUGCACGCUACAUCAAAACUGCCACAGAGACAUCUGUGGCAUUGUGUUGUGUGAAAAAACUGCACAUUUUAGAGUGGCCUUUUAUUGUCCCCAGCACAAGGUGCACCUGUGUAAUAUUCAUGCUGUUUAAUCAGCUUCUUGAUAUGCCACACCUAUCAGGUGGAUGGAUUAUCUUGGCAAAGGAGAAAUGCUCACUAACAGAGAUGUAAACAAAUUUGUGUACAAAAUUUGAGAGAAAUAAGCUUUUUGUGAGUAUAGAACAUUUCUAUGAUCUUUUAUUUCAGUUCACGGGACCAACAAUUUACAUGUUGCGUUUAUAUUUUUGUUCAGUAUACAUAUAUUUCAGGAUGUUGUGUAUCCCUGGAAAUAAUCAGAAUUCAUGUAAACAUUACAGUUUUGAAAAACAUAGUUUGUCCACAAAACGUGGUAUCUUGGCACAACUUACCCCUACAAAUUUCUGCACUGAAAGAAAUGUUACCACUACCUUUUUAAAACAAUGCCUAUCUUUAUUUCCCAAAUCGCAGAGAUAAUGCCUUGCAUUAGGCCUGGGAAGAAAACAUUUCAAUUUGCUCAACUUGCCAUUGGCUCAACCAUUUGCUCAACUUACAUUUAGACUUUAUUAGCCCACACAGCUACGUACAAGGAUGCCCUUUCACGCUAGGUUUAGGACCUCAUAUUGAAGCUUAUAGACACCCCAACUGAUGUAUAGAAAAAAUAUUUAAAUGAUCGACUUUGGUUUAGUUACAACUAUCAUGAAACCUCUUAACACAAUAAAUUAAUAUGACUUGGUGAAAAUCUGUUUUUUUGGAUCUAACUUGCUUACCACUUUUUCCAUGUGGUUUCUUCCUUCACAGACUUCAUGAAAUGAUGAUCUCUUCCCAAAUAUUUGGUCAAAUGAUUAAUUUUGUGUGUGGUUUCCUAGAGACAAGGGUGGCUCAACUUACCACACUCUCCCCUAGUGAGUUGAUUUUAAAGACAGCUGGUCUGCAAUGUACAGUUUAUAGCAGCUCUGGAUGGAUCCACUAGGCACAAUCAGCAUAGAUAGUCUGUUCUAUGUACUGUACUUCUAUGUUCUGUGUCUGUAUCUGUUCAGCAUGGUCAGGGAUUUCUUUGGUCAGUGAUUCUUAGUGGUAAGAACUCAUAGCUAUGUCUAUGUCUGCGUCCCAAAAGGCACCAUGCCAUUCUGGGCACACUCUAUUUCUCUACAGGGCUACAAGGUGACUGAUCUGUACUAAAUGUCCUCCAAAGGUUUUACAUCAUAUUUUGUAUCGUAUGAUAAAAACAUUCUUAAUGAUCCAUGAAGAUGAGUGUGUCCCAAUUCCCUUUAUUGUUCACUACUUUUAUAGUGCACUACUCUUGACCAGCGGGGCCCUCGUCAAAUGUAUUGUGCGAUAUUGAGAAUUGGGCACAAUUUGGGACUGCAGAAUAUGUUUUAUCACAAUGCAGUUAAAGGGAAACCAACUAUGACCUACUACGAUCUAAGUCACGGAUUUUAGAGAUAUUAUCGUUACAACAUUACAGAAAUAUGUAUUUAUUUGAUCACAUAUUCCAUAGAGAUUGCCAAUAAUGAAGAUCUAAUAUUUGUUUCCCUCUACAGAUAAUGUUCUAUUUAGCCACAAACCCCAUAAAAUAUGUUACAGACAUGGUUGCCAGGUUUACACUGAAAUGAUGCAUAAAGGGAAGGUAUAGACCAUCCCCUUGUCAAUGGAUGCCCCAGUCAUAAUACAAAGAUAACAUAUAAUGACCUCCAUACUGUAUCGAUAAAUGCUGAAUCCAUAUACCCACUGCUUUAUAAACUUCAGAUGUGUAUAUUGUUUGCUGUUUUAUUUUUUUAAAACAUAAAUUCUAUGCAACUUACAAUAUCAUACUGCUAAAGUAGUAUUGAAUACCAAUAUUUCUUUAUAUUUUAAUAUGCUUAUGUUUUGCUGAUUUUAUAUCUUGAUUUUAAAUCAUGUUACUACCAUCACCAUUAUGAUUUCAGGAUUUUGUUGAAUGCAUUUAAUGCCUGUGUGAGUGUAUACACACACAUACACACACACACAUAUCUAUAUACACAGAAACAUGUACUGUACCAGUAAAAAGUUUGGAGACAACUACUCAUUCCUGAGUUUUUCUUUAUUUUUACAAUUUUCUACUUUGUAGAAUAAUAGUGAAGACAUCAGGACUAUGAAAUAACACAUGUAGUCAUGUAGUAACCAUGUAGAAUCAUGUAGUAACCAAAAAAGUGUUAAACAAAUCUGGAAAAUUUCAACAACUUUGAAAGUUUCUCCAAGUUCAGUCGCAAAAACCAUCAAGCGCUAUGAUGAAACAGGCUCUCAUGAGGGCCGCCACGGGAAUGGAAGACCCAGAGUUACCUCUGCUGCAGAGGAUAAGUUCAUUAGAGUUACCCCUCAGAGAUUGCAGCCCAAAUAAAUGCCUCACAGAGUUCAAGUAACAGAUACAUCUCAACAUCAACUGUUCAGGGGAGACUGCAUAAAUCAGGCUUAGUGGGACUAUCAUUUGUUUUUCAACAGGACAAUGACCCAACACACCUACAGGCUGUGUAAGGUCUAUUUGACCAAGAAGUAGAGUGAUGAAGUGCUGCAUCAAAGCACCUGGCCUCCACAAUCACCCAACCUCAACCCAUUUGAGAUGGUUUGGGAUGAGUUGGACCGCAAAGUGAAGGAAAAGCAGUGCUCAGAAUAUGUGGGAACUCCUUCAAAACUGUUGGAAAGGCAUUCCAGGUGAAGCUAGUUGAGAGAAUGCCAAGAGUGUGCAAAGCUGUCAUCAAGGCAAAGGGUGGCUACUUUGAUAGAAUCUCAAAUAUAAAAUAUAUUUUGAUUUGUUAACACUUUUUUGGUUACUACAUGAUUCCAUAUGUGUUAUUUCAUAGUGUUGAUGUCUUCACUAUUAUUCUACAAUGUAGAACUGGUACUGUAUAUAUAUACACACAUAUGUAUUGCAAAUAAAUAUACCGUUUGGAUGUUUUGGGAAUUGUCAAUGUUAAAGGCAUAUGUGCUGUAAGUAUUUGUAACAUAGACCUAAAGCACAAAGUGGUCUGCAAAUAAAGUGUUUUGAAGAAAA